GCUUCGAUUCUCAAGGAUCACACACCCGCCUUGGAAGCAAUGGCCGAUGAAGUGACCCUCCUGGACUUCUGGCCGAGCAUGUUCGGGAUGAGGUGCCGAGUAGCGCUGACCGAGAAAGGGGUUGAGUGCGAGUACAAGGACGAGGACUUAUGGAACAAGAGCGAGCUCCUCCUUCAGAUGAACCCAGUCCACAAGAAAAUACCCGUCCUUGUCCACAACGGCAAGCCGGUGUGCGAGUCCCUCAUCAUUGUGGAGUACAUAGACGAGACCUGGAGUCACAAGGCCCCUCUCUUGUCAUCCGACCCUUAUGAUCGAGCCCGAGCCAGAUUCUGGGCUGAUUUCGCCGACACGAAGUUCUUCGAUCUAGGGAUGAAGGUGUUGAUGACGAAAGGGGAAGAACAAGAGGCUGCAAACAAGGGGUUCAUCGAAAGCCUGCAACGAUUAGAAAGUGAGCUUGGAGACGAGCCUUUCUUCAGGGGCAGUAAGUUUGGGUUCUUGGACAUAGUGUUCAUUAGCGUCUACUGCUUGUUCUACUCCUACGAAACGUGUGGCAACUUCAGCAUCGAAGCGGAGUGUCCGAAGCUCGUUGUGUGGGCCAAGAGGUGCAUGGAGAAGGAGAGCGUAUCCAAAUCUCUCCCUGACCCUCGAGAGGUGUAUGGCAUCAUCUUGGAGCGCAGGAAAGCAGUGGGCAUAGAGUAG